UUGAAAGUCCAGGUAUCUAAAAACACUUUAUAAGUCGAAGUUAACGUAAAUUUUUUCAUCCAAAGGUAUCGUUAAGCAAAUUUAACCAGCUGUGACUGACAUAACUUGAAACGGACAAAAGGAUUUAAGACAGAAGUACAGUCUGAUUACCACUGCUUCAUAAAGAUGUCACUUACCAUGCAGCAGAUUGAGGAUUUCUGGCGUGUUGCCGACACUGAUAACAGCGGCGAUCUGACCAUACAAGAGCUAGCGGUUGCCAUCAGAAAGUAUAGCCGUGAUGUUUCUGACGCCGAAAUAGCUGGCAUGUUUUGUGCCGUCGACAAAGAUGAAAGCAAACGGAUGUCAAAAAGAGAAUUUAUAGCGGAAAUGAACGAACGACAAAAACGAGCAGUCGCAAUGGAAAAACUAUUUAAGCAGUAUGACAAAGACGGCAGUAAGACCUUAAGCAGAGGUGAACUUAUCGAAAUGAUUAGGAGUUGUUUCCCAGAGGAUCAAGCGAAUUAUGUCGUCGGAAAAUUCCUCUGUUAUUGUGACAAUGGAGACGGGAUCAUAACAUUCGGCGAAUUCAAAAAAUUUUUCGGAUAGAAAUUUAGAUGGAUAUUCGGAUAAAUUUGAUUUGGACAGUUAUUAAGAAAUGCUUGCUAUCCUGGUGGAGAAUAGGGAACAGUGAGCAUACAACGGCUUUCAAUAUUAUGUGUAUAUAUGCAAAUGCUUUUAGAAGACAUAGAUAAUUUGUUCUGUAAAUAUACAAUACAGACUACAGUUGCGUGUAAAUAAACGAAAACACAUCCAGACUUCAUCUUAGGCAAUUUCAUGUCAAGUUUGAUGAGAUCAUUUCACAUGAUGGGAAAGUAGUUGCUGAAUAUCUAACCUAACGUGCAAGCUUUCAUAUCAUUGGCUUAAGAAACAUAUUUUGGAAUUGUGUAGUAGGAAGUGAUGUCCGUCGGUAUUGGCAUUUUCCGUGAGUGAUCGGAUAGAAUAUUUUUACGAUCUGAUGAAAAAAAAUCAAUUAUAGGAAAGUAAAAAAAAAUUCUUUUCGGACUUAAUGCAUUUUUUGAAUGUGCAUAUUUUUAUGUUGUCUUCUUUUCAUCAUAAUAUAUAAUAACCCAGUUUUAUUGUUUGUUUUAUAGGAUAGUUUAAUACAUGUUUUAGGUGCUUAACUUGUAUCACACAAAAAUGCAAUUUAUAAUAUAUUUCUUUGAAAAUAAAUGUCAUGCUUGCAAA